CGCCAGUCCCCAGUUGUGGCUGGCCGUGCAGCUCGUCAGCACAAAAGAUUCUCUCUCUCUCUCUCUCUCCGAGCAGCUUGUUUUCUUUAAAGCCCAUCAUCGCUCCGUGCUCCCUCCCUCGAGCACACUCCGUCCCCAUCUCCCACUUCUGGGGCCGCUAAAAUCUUAAACCCUAGAUCAAACCCGCGUCCAGGGACGAGAACCUGGGCGGAUCCGGCGGCGUUAGCUUCGAUCUUGGGGACUUCUGAGUCUUGAUUCAAAUGGAGAUGAUUGUCAUGACAUUGGUUGUACUUAUUGUACUUGGAGCUCUUUAUCUCAUCCCAAGAUCAAAAAAUAAAGGUAAAGCUAAAGGAACUAAUACCAGUGCUACGUCAAAGACAUUGAAGACUUACACACAGAAAGAGGUCUCCCUACAUAAUAAGAGAGAUGAUUGUUGGAUCAUUGUCAAAGGAAAGGUGUAUGAUGUUACUCCAUAUGUGGAGGAACAUCCAGGUGGCGAUGCUAUACUAAACAAUGCUGGAGGUGAUUCAACCGAGGGAUUUUACGGGCCACAACAUGCUACUCGUGUCUUUGACAUGGUUGAUGAGUUCUACGUUGGGGACCUGAAGAGCUGAAGUUUAAGCUAUCUGAAAUCUGAAACUUAGAAAAAUUCCGUGAGCUCCACAUCAAAUGCCUUCGAGAGUAUUGCAGGCCUAAUUCAAAACUAGUCUAGUUAGCAGAUAGACAGUGCUAUGUUCCCUGUAGUGCUAGUGUAGUUUUUCGUAGAACUGCAAUGACCUGUGGGAAGGUACUCUUCAGUCUACCUCUUAAACUGAUUCGAGCAACUUUCAAAAACUAUGUUGAGAAUUAACAAAUUAUUUGCGAAUUUCUUGCUAACUCAACGUGCUUGCUAGCAAAAACAGUUUUCAAUCUA